AGCUCCUGGGGGUGCAGCUUUGCAGCAGCCAUGCUCCGGAGGGUGCUGCAGCUGGGGCUGGGCCGGGGCCCUGGGAAUCGGCGCCUGGGCACGCGCAGAGGAGGCUCCGCUCUAGACUGGGACGAGAAGCUCUCGGAGUUUAAGAAGAAGAUCAGAUCAGCGCUGCCUGGAGAGGCCUGUAAUGUACUGUAUAACACCAGCCACCUGCCCCCCGAGCAUGCGGACGUGGUGAUCGUGGGAGGUGGGGUGCUCGGCCUGUCUGUCGCCUUUUGGCUGAAGAAGCUGGAGAAACCCCAAGGUGCCAUCCGGGUGCUGGUGGUGGAACGCGACCACACGUAUUCACGGGCCUCCACGGGGCUCUCUGUGGGCGGGAUUCGGCAGCAGUUCUCCUUGCCCGAGAACGUCCAGCUCUCCCUCUUCUCCAUCAACUUUCUUCGCAACAUCAAUGACUACCUGGCCGUGGUGGAUGCCCCGCCCCUGGACCUCCAGUUCAACCCCUCAGGCUAUCUCCUGCUGGCUUCUGAGACGGGCGCUUCCACCUUAGAGAAUAACGUCAAAGUGCAGAGGCAGGAAGGAGCCAAAAUUUGUCUGAUGUCACCUGAGCAGCUUCGGAACAAGUUUCCUUGGAUAAACACCGAGGGAGUGGCUUUGGCAUCAUAUGGGAUGGAAGAUGAAGGUUGGUUUGACCCCUGGUCCCUGCUGCAGGGCCUCCGGCGGAAGGCUCAGUCCAUGGGUGUCCUGUUCUGCCAGGGCGAGGUGACACGUUUUGUCUCUUCCUCCAACCGCAUGGAGACCACAAGUGGGGAAGAGAUGAUCCUGAGAAGGAUCCAUGAAGUCCAUGUGAAGAUGGAGCACAGCCUGGAGUACCAGCCUGUGGAGUGCGCCAUAGUGAUCAAUGCAGCAGGAGCCUGGUCUGGAGAGAUUGCAGAGCUGGCAGGGAUUGGGAAGGGGCCGCCCGGCACCCUGCAGGGCACCAAGCUACCUGUGGAACCAAGGAAAAGGUAUGUGUAUUUAUGGCACUGCCCCCAGGGACCAGGCCUGGAGACUCCGCUUGUUGCAGACACCAAUGGAGUUUACUUCCGGCGGGAAGGCCUAGGCCACAACUACCUUGGUGGCCGUAGCCCCUCGGAGGAGGAAGAGCCAGACCCAGGCAACCUGGAAGUGGACCAUGACUUCUUUCAGGACAGAGUAUGGCCCCAUCUGGCUCAGAGGGUACCAACUUUUGAGAACCUGAAGGUUCGGAGCGCCUGGGCUGGCUACUACGACUACAAUACCUUCGACCAGAACGGUGUGGUGGGCCCCCACCCCUUGGUGGUCAACAUGUACUUUGCUACAGGCUUCAGUGGCCAUGGGCUGCAGCAUGCCCCUGCUGUGGGGCGGGCCGUGGCCGAGAUGGUGCUGGAGGGCCACUUCCAGACCAUCGACCUGAGCCCCUUCCUCUUCACACGCUUUCACCUGGGAGAGAAGGUUCUGGAGCAGAAUAUUUUCUGAGCUCACAUGGAUAAGGCCAGCAUCCUGGUCACAGUCCUCUGAACUGCCCACAUCCUUCCCAGCCCUGGGCCAGGACCUCAGCCUUGCUCCCACUGGACAGGACAUUCUGCCCCUGUAUUGGCUAAGCAGGUGGGUGGGCACAGGCGCUGAAGUCCAGGCAGCAGUAACUGAACGUACUGAUCUGUAGCCCAGGCUAGUCCCCCUGACAAAGGCCACCCGGUUGCAAUCCUGAGGAGUCUGCCCAAGCCUGGCUGCUUCAUGGUACCAGCCCAGAAAGACUGCCUCUGGCCCUCUUGACAGGGCUGGGAGGAGCCCAAGCCCAGCAGCAGCUUGGCCCAGACUGAUUGACUUGAGUCUUUUUUGUCAUCACUCAAUAAAUGUGAUAAAGUCUUU